CCACAUUUCAGCUGUUUUAGAUCUUUAACGGUGUUUAUUAAACUCACGCGACUCUACCACCGGGACUGAGGAGGCGCGCGCGCGGGCGGAUGUCCGGUGAGACGCCAUUACACGUUUAUUAGCGACUCUCAGUCCCAGGUGCGCGUCAUGGAGCUCUGUGAUUGGCUGAGAUCCAGAUGCGGUAUGCUCCCGCUUGGAUUUUGUUGUUGGUGUGUCUGAUGUGUAGUAAACAUGCUGGAAGUGUGAAGAUGCAGUACACCUCGUGCACAGAGGAUCGGAUCCAGCACGCAUUGGAUCGCUGCAUUGAUGGCCUCCGAUCAUCCGAAUUCCUCUCCCAGUCAUGGAACACUGGAUGGUGUAUGAACCGCUGGAGUUUGGAGGAACUCCUGAAGAGAGAUCCAGAGAACUUCCUCAUCCUCCUGCAGCAGAUUGUCAAGAGAGCAAGACAGGUGCAGGAGGAGUGUGAGUAUGAGUUGGUGGCACCUCUCACCAUCAUGUUUGAGUCCACACUUCUACAGACUCCGUACUGUCCAAUGGAGUGUGAUCUCCUGGUAGAAGCGCGUGAAGUGUUCCAUGGUUUCCUCACGUGGCCUGAACCAUACAGCAGUGUGUGUCGCAGUGUUCUAACAACUAUACAGCAGGAACUGAGGGCACCAGGGAUUUCAUACCACAGGUUGGUGAAAGAGGAACAGGGCAUCACUGCUGAGCAUCAGCGUGGCAAAACCAUUACGGUGUUGUUGCUGAACCCGGCUGAUGUCCCCCAGACGUUUCUGUCUGUCGUUCAGCAGCUCAGCGCCGUUGAUGUGUCGCAAAGAGAGAUCAGCAUGAAUCUGAUUAAACACGCCUUUCAGUGUAGCCUGGGCACAAGAUAUGACACACACACUGUACAGUGUGCACUGCAGUCUCUCAGUAAUGAUGUACUGUCUGACACACUGUCGUGUGUAUCAGCGGUCUUGGAGACAGCGGCAGCCAUGACGGACACCAGCGCCGCUCGAGCACACGUACUGAAAGGUCUAGAGGAAGUGCGGGAAAAACUCAGUAUCCCAGCAUGCAACUGUGCCACAUCAGACGGGAUGCUGCAGAUUCUGAAGUUACCUACACCUAAGUGCUACAGGAUUGACUGGGACACUGACAAUUUUGACGUCCUGAGUGAGUUUUUGGAGAACGAGCCUGAACUCUCCUCGCUCUUCUCUGAAGGACACGCAGAGGAGGAUGAGUUUGACGAAGAGGACGCAGAAGAAGAAGAGGAAGAAGACGAGGAGGUGGAGAUGGAGCGGUAUGAGAUGGAAGGCUGCCUGGACCCACGGGCGUCCAUGUUCUCCACUACGUCUUCUCUGUCCACUGCAUCUAAGGACUCCAUGUUCUCCACGUCAUCCGACUUCUCUCCGGUCUCCACCCUGUCAUCGUCUUCUCAGGCUUCGGGCACAGACAGUGACUUCUGCGAGGACAUCGAGGAGGAACCGCACGUGCUAAUGCCGACAGGCAAAAGUAAAAGUAGCUCCGGACUUUCCAAGCGUCUCUCACGGCUGUUUAAACCGCGUGGACAUCCUCUCUGCCGUGCUAAGAGUCUGGGGAACACAGACAGUAAAGAAAAGAAGGACUUUCUGCCGGCUGCUCGCUCCAAACGCUCCAACUCGAUGCCACAGCAGGUGCUGGCACUCACUGUGGAGCCGGCACAGAGCGAGAGCGUGGCCGUGAAGCCGGUGUGCUACAGGAAGCGUCCCAUCCUCAGCAGCGAUGAAGAUGAGGCCACGGGCAUGGUGCUGAUCAGGGUGAUGGUGUUCGGGGCCGAUUAUGUGGCGGGGAAAUUGGCGCGGGCGUAUAACAGCCUGAGGAAUAAAGAAAAACUUUCACCACGACUCACUAAACACUGCAGGAUGAAGUUCUUCUUUGUUCCUGUGAAGAGAGAUCCGAUAGCAAACGGGGGAGGGAGUCAGAUCAGCGCAAGUCCACUCAAAAUUGCACAGGAGGUGAACACUGAUGUUCAUGAGUACAGCACCAACAACAUCGCUCAGCUUCUCGGCAUGCUGGACCCCUGGUACGAGAGAAAUGCACUCUGUCUGCUUGACCUGCCGCUGCACGUGGUGUGUCAGACAUCCAAGUCAGAUUCAGAGUCUGUGGAGAACUCAGUGGAGGAGUGUUUACCCAUCAUGGCCGACCUCCUGCUGUAUUACUGCAGAAACGCAGCUCGACCUGCACUGAUCCAACUGUACCAGGCUGAGCUGACACUGGCCGGCGGAGAGACAAGAACUGAAGUGUUCAUCCACUCACUAGAGCUCGGACACACGGCAGCCACCAGAGCCAUCAAAGCCAUGGGUGCUGCGAGUAAGAGGUUUGGUAUUGAUGGAGAUCGGGAGGCAGUUCCACUUUCACUCGAGGUCGUUUAUAAUCAGGUGGUCAUCAGUGGGCGGAGUCAGCAGACAAGGGUGGAGAAAGUGUGCACUUCGAUUAACCUGACUAAAGUGUGCAGGAAUCAGGAGGAACUCAAUCCUAAAAUAGACUUCCUGCAGCUGACCAUGACAGAGGUUUUAAAGAGGCAGAACUCCAAAUCGAAGAGAAGCUACAACCAGCAGUUGAGUGUAACUCAGGUGAAGGUGGACAGGUUUCGGGUCUGUGGUUCUGGAAACACAACGUUUGCUGUGUGUUUGGAUCAGGACGAGAAAAAGAUUUUACAGAGCAUCACCCGGUGUGAGGUGUCAGUGUGUUAUAAGCCGGGCGGCUGUUCUGAUUGGCUGAAGGUGAGAGCUCUGUCCAGUCAGACGGAGCAAACGUUCUGCUCUCUGCUCUGUUUACCCAUCUUCACCUUCAGUGGACCCCAACCAUGAACCUCUGCCAGAACCUCUGGACCCCCACCACCAGCCUCUGGACCCCCACGACCAACCACUGGACCCCCAUGACCAACCUCUAGACCCGCACCACCAACCUCUGGACCCGCACCACCAACCUCUAGACCCGCACCACCAACCUCUGGAUCCCUAUCCCGUUACCAUGCACUCUUAAACCCUAAAAAAUCCAACCAUGUUCUGUUAUAACCCCACCCUCUGGACCCCGACCACAAAUCCUAAUCAUAAACUUGAUUAAUCCUCAGUAAAUGUUUUUAAAUGUUUUCAGCUCAGGGUAAAUCACCGUAAUUGCACACAGAAACAUUACGACCGCAGACUGUUGCUACAGCACUGACACUGUCUAAAGUUUUGCACCAAAGAUAUAUUGUAUAUUGUUUAUUUUAAAAUUUAUUCUAGUUAAUUAGAUGUUUAAUCAGCGUUAUGUGUAAUUAUAGUGUAUAUUAUAUCGAUAAAAAAAAAUCAACCAAUGCCUUUUUCCGAAAUGCUGAAUCUUAAAGAGCGAUUCUCUCUGAUUGUAAUUUGUGCACUCGGCCAGCAGGAGGCGCAGCGAUGUGAUGAGGUUACUUUAGUGUUCUGCAGUUCAGGAGUGACAUUUUAUUAGCGGUUUAAAAAAACUCCCUUUUCCUUUGGUGGAGUUUAGAAGAAACACUGAAAGUCUUAAUCACAAAUAAUACUAUCACGUUAUUAAAUAAUCUUUUUUAAUCAAAGAAAAAGAGAGAUUUCGCUAAGGGAAAAGUCUCAUUGUGUAUUUCUUUGAGUUAGCUAAAUGGCUAAUAAAACAUCUCAGGAUUUUUUUACACACACGCGAGUGUGUGUGUGUGUGUGUGUGUGUGUGUGUGUGUGUGUGUGUGUGUAUGAUUUCUGACGCUUUUAUUCAAAUGUAAAUAUGUUUUAGGUGUAAUUUGAUUUGUAAAGCACACUGGAGUGUUUAAUUCAGACUCUUUAACAAUGAAGAAGUGUGUGUGUGUGUGUGUGUGUGUGUGUGUGUGUGUGUGUGAUUUCUGACACACUGAGAUUUAAAUCCUCUCUGACACCACGCUCCUAAUACGGUACUUUUUAAAUUGAAAGGUGCUUCUUGUUUGUUUAAAUUAUAACAGGUGGAUGUAGGUGUACUUGAGUGUAAAUAUCCAAUAAAAUCCUUUAACACUGA